AUUAACCGUCUCAAGUCAAUAGCGCUCGUUGGUCACGCUCACGUUUCUGAAUCUCACAGGUAUUUUGGUUUGCUGUGACUUUCGUUCAGCAACUUACUUUCGUCCUUCAAGAGCAAGGUGAAAGAGAUGCUUUCUGCCAACAAGCACAAGACUCGGAAGCGAUAUCGGCAAUAUUUAGAGCCGGAUGCUGCGCCGUAUGUUCGUGUGCCUAGGUCGACAGCACAUAGGCUAAACUUCGUAAGCACACCAACUCCUACCUCUUGUGCAAGCUCCUCUGCAUCGUCUCCUUGCUCCACAACUCAACCACGUCAACCCCUGGUCGAAAUGGAAGACUGCACAAGUGAUGCAGACGAACAUCUGCGCACUGAAGACGAAUCUGACACAGCCGAGAACGAAAGUCCUCGGGGCUCCGACCAUGAUCGGCCGUUCGUUGAGUUCGUGACGCCACUGGGAAACGGCACUUCGAUGACUGUUGGCGACGCUCUCGUCCUGAUCAUGGAUUAUGCCAUUGGGGAAGGACUUCCAUGGACUGGCAUAGAAAAGCUUCUUAAGCUACAAAACCUACUGUUGGGAACCAACAGCAUCCCCGAAAGCAAAUAUCUGUUCAGAAAGUUUGCGAGUGCUUCACCAGACGACGUCACUUUCAACUUUUACUGCCCGACGUGUGAAACACUCCUUGCAAAGACAGCGGGCAGCUUGAAGGAAAGGCAGGGCAUCUCGCCUACCUGCUCGGUGUGCGGAGUGCAGUACCUCGGAAAGGACCUUAUGUCCAAGGGAUGCUAUUUUGUUGGUCUGCCAAUGGAGAAGCAACUAGCAUCGGUGCUGGCCGAUGAAACUGUGAGGGAGCACCUAGCAGAAUCUCUGGCGAAACUCAAUACACCGAGACCCUCUGCCAAGUUGGAUCUAACCGACGGCGACUCUUAUCGAAGUCAGCGCGCAAAGCUUGGGUGUGGGCCUCAUGACUUGACCGUGUCCAUGAACGCCGAUGGGAGCCCCAUAUUCAAGUCGGCAAACUACGCCAUCUGGCCCGUCCAGCUCACACUGAACGAACUUCCACCAUGUCUGCGCUGGCGCUCCGUCGUCCUGCCGCUGUUAUGGUACGGCGCGAAGCACCCGAACAUGACUUUGCUUCUCCAAGCCUUUGCGGCCCAAAUGAAAACGCUAGCCCAAGAAGGCAUCACGUGGAGCGCUGGGGGCUCAACACUAAACUCUAAGGUCUACUGUGUCAGCUGUGUGGCCGAUGCCCCUGCAAGGGCCGCGAUGCAGAACGUCAUGCAAUACAACGGCUAUUACGGGUGCUCUUGGUGCCUCCAUCCUGGGGUUUGCAUUAACGGUUGCGUGAAGUACCCCGUGAGCGCCGGGGUGAUGGACGAUCGCACCGAGCUUGGCAUGGUUGCAGACAUGGCAGAAGCCGCAGCAUCCAAACAAGCAGUCCGCGGUGUUAAGGGCCCUUCGCCACUUGUAAACGUGCCUGGUUUCGACAUAGUCUGGGGUUUUACCCCAGACUAUAUGCACUGCGCCCUUCUUGGUGUAGGGCGUCAGUUUGCCGAAUUGUGGUUUUCUGGUGUGGGUGAAGAUUACUACAUUGGACACCCUUCGCGACAAUCCAUCGUAACUGAGCGCUUGUGUAGCCUGAAACCGCCACAGUGCCUGAACCGACCGCCACGAGCCCUGAGGCUGAGGAAGUACUGGAAAGCAGCCGAGUGGCAAUGCUGGCUUUUUUACUACUGCCUUCCUUGUUUGAAGGGUGUGCUGCCAGCUGAAUAUUAUGCGCACUUUGAGCUUUUUGUGUCUGCUUUAUAUCUUCUAACUAAGACGGAAGUUCUAGAUGAAGAUGUGGAGCUGGGUACAGAGAAGAUGACCGAGUUUGUUGUGAAGACCGAGUUCCUCUACGGAAAAGCACAGAUGACCUCAAACGUCCACACACUCCUGCACCUUCCAAAGGCUGUGCUCCUCCAUGGGCCAUUAUGGGCACUAUCUUGCUUCCAGUUUGAGUCGAACAUGGGGCAUCUGCUGAAGCUUGUUUCCUCGUCGAAUGGUGUGCCCUUCCAGAUCUUUUCCCGCAUUCUCCUCCGCAACAGCUUUUAUCAGCUGAGGAAUAUGGUUUCGGACGAGGUCCGGGCACACCUUCCGACGAGGAAACACUACAAGCCAGGUGACUUGCACCUUCUUGGAAAGCCCAGGCAGCUGCCCCAAUGUCUGCAUAGACUGGUUGAGGAGGAGCUGGCCUUGGAAGUGGCACAGGAGCUUGUGGAGUUUGACCGUGCACGUGUUGCUGGGCACAUUUUUCAUAGCAAACAGUACCGAGCUCCAACAAAGCGGGACUCGACGGCGCUGAAGCUGGGAGAUAAUUUUGUCAGAGUUGAACACAUCCUUUCUGAAAGUGAUGGGGGUGGAAGCCCGAACGUGUACAUUGUUUCACAUGUUUACGAUGUAUCUGAUUUUGGAAGCGUAGGACACCUCAAGCUUGCCCACAAGCAACCCACUAAGGUAUUGCACAGGCUCUGUGGGCAUGUUAACCCAUGCAUGUACUUGGACAUAGAUGGCAUUGUUCUGUUUGCUCAGCUCUGCAACAAGUAUGAGUGGUCCUAGAUUUGUAGGACCGGUCAUACUUGUGUGCUAGAAGUAAACUAAAGGGGAGGCAAAUCAAAGAGUAAAAAUUAUUUUCAUCUAUUUGCUAGUUAUUGCACUCAUGGUGUGCAUAAUUAACUGGUUGCACUGAUUUACCCACAUAUCCAGGCUGUUUCCCAGCAACAUAAUGAAAUUUGGUUUUCAUUAUCAAUUUUUCACUAUAAGAGUCUCAUGGGGCUCGCGAGCCGCAGUUUAGCCACCUUUGGUCUAUUGCCAUUAUUGAUUUCACUGUUUGACCCAAAUUAAUAAAAAUUAUAUAAUGUUUCAAAAUUUUUUAGGUCUUCCCUUAGAGAACUAGGACAAUUAAGUGAAUGUUUUGUGACCUGCAAAGUUGGAACUAGAGUUAUUUGCAUGUCAUUGUUAUUGUGUUUUUGUUGUGUUUCUGCCCCUUUUACUUGGUGCCACAGUUGUACUUUUGUGUGUUGUCAUCAGUUCUUGGUAGAUUUUAUUGCCAUUUGUCUUGCUGAAAAUGGCAGGUUGCUUUGCCGUGAAAUUUGUGUGUGCUACGCAUGUUUAUUUUUAACUUUCUUUGAUGUUCAGAUAGUAGUGUUUUCCUUCCUGUACCUACUUUUGCUAAAUUUCUGCAGAAAUAAUUGUAAAUAAAUGAAUCGGUAGUUGUCAUAUA